UCCUGUUGCCUUCAACACUUACCCAGGCCUGGUGGGAAUGGAGGGCACCCUUGAUGGAUCACCACGACCUCAGUGGGACACGUGCAGGUCUCAUCCCUCUGGUCUGAGCUGCCCAGCCAGGACAGACACAAACCACAGCAGCUUCUUGCUCGUGUGGACAUGGUGCUGGCUGCCCUGUGAGGAAAGCACGGCCACAGGGACAUCUGCUUUCUAACAAUGGUUGCUUUCUUGGCACCUCCACCCAGAGCCCUUUCUGUGUGCUCCCCUGUGACAGCAGAUGGAGGCACGCUGCCCCAGCACCGGCUGUGCAGUACUUCACCUUGCUCGGGCAACAGCCAAAGUAAUCAAAUACGCAGGGAAACAAUAAAAAUGAUGUAUAAAACAAAGCGUCCUCCCCAUGUCCCGGUUUCCAGCCCUCUGCCAGCUCCUGCCCCACCAGCCUCGUGUGUGAGGGUAUAUAACACCAGCACGAUUCCCUGGUGUGGCCACAGCACGACACAGACCGAGUCAGAAGGAUGGGAAGAACGGCCAGGAAAGGCACCGGCAUGGCGAAUCUCCGCGCCCUGAGCAUCCUCCUGAGCCUCCUGGUCCCCGUACACAGCACCCGGUCACCCGACUGCGGGGGCAUCCUCACCCCCUUAGGACUGAGCUACUUCGCUGAAGUUUCCAAGCCACACGCUGAGACAGUCCUCAGGCAGGACCUAAUGGCUCCCACCGUUCCUGACCCGCUUGUCGGCUCCACGAAGCCCAGCAGGACCCAAAUCAGCUCUGUCAAAGUCACUGAGCUGUCUCUGUCGCUCGUCCCCGACUCCGGGCUGCGGCUGAGCGUCGAUGUGGACCUGGGCAUCACACCCGCCCCCUCGACCACCAAGGUGAUGAGACUGUCCAUCCGGGCGAACCUCCACGUGGAAAUGAACCCCGAAGGGAACCUGGAGGUGGUGACCUCUGCCUGCAAACCCACCAUGGAGGAGGUGCAGAGCACUGAGGAGACGGAGAGCAAGUCCUCCAGUUCAGAGCUGGACAAGGAGAUUAACGUCGAUAAGGUUUGCCUGGAAGUCUCCAAACUGCUGCUUUCCCCGAAUGAAGAGCUGAUCUCUCUGACAGCUCAGUUCCCCUUCACACCAAGCUGCCAGCUCCAGUACCUGCCCCUGGCUGCACCCAUGUUCUCCGAGCAGGGAAUCACCAUAUCCCUGCAGACGACUUUCCAGGUGGCAGGAAUGGCGAUCCCGCUGCCAGUCAGCCCCGUGCCCUUCAACAUGCCCGAGCUGGCCAGCUCCAGCCCCGCUCACCUCACCCUGGCUUUCUCUGAGCACUUCUUCACCAGCCUCUUCUUUGCCCUGGAGAUGGCGGGGGCCUUCAACAUGACCAUCCUGAGCCCGCUGACCACCGCCACCCUGGCACCCAAGAUCGCCCAGAUGGGCUCCCUGUUCCCGGAGGACCGGCCGGUGGUGCUGCAAGCCGUGUUCAGGAGCUCCACGCGGGUGGUGCUGGAGGAGGGCAAGGCAGCCCUGAAGCUCUUCCUCACCGUCCACGUCGGGGCAGGAUCGCCGGCAUUCCAGAGCUUCCUGAGCGUGAACGUGGAUAUGUCUGCAGGACUCCUCCUCAGCGUCACCAACACGAGGAUGAUAAUCUCUGCACCGGUGAUAGAGAACGUUGAGCUCAGCCUGGCUGCCUCCGACGUGGGCCCCGUGCCGGAUGCCUUACUGGAGGAGCUCUUCUUGCCCACGAUCCGUACGGAGGUACCAGCUCAGAUCAAUGUGGUCCUGAGCGAAGGCUUGGUCCUGCCCCACAUCUCCAGCUUCACCUACACCGACAUCAACGUCGUGAUUCACAAGGACUACGUCUUGGUGCCCUGCAACCUGCAGCUCCAGGCGAGGACUGGAACACAGACCACUGUGGGCUGA